AUGAGUGAGGAAACUAUGCUUUUCACACCCGUGCUAGAGUGCGAUGAUUUAUUGUGCUUAGAAUGCAGAAUAACUAGUUUGGACGUUACAGAUGAAAUCAAACUAACUCUUUUCCAUUGUCAAAUCUUCAUUUGCAGAUAUUUCCUUUCUUCUUUUCCUGAAAUUAUUGCUGCACCCGUUCCACAAACAGAUAAUUACAUUUAUCUAAUUGCAAAGAAAGAAUUUUUCAAGACGAGCGAGUUGCUGAAGUGCCUUGAGAUUAAGAAAUUGUGUUAUUCAGACCCUCAACCAGUUGUUUAUGAUGUUUACAAAGAGUGUGUCAGAUACACUAUGCUGUUCAAAUUAGCACCUUCAUGGAACAAAUUUGGCAUGUAUCUCUGCCAAGGAAAAGAUUUCAUAAUUGGUCAUGAGUAUCUCAAUGCAGUCAAAUUUGACGUCAACAUUAAAAAACCGGGCAUGAUCAUCAAAUUCAAAUCCACAAAACUGAAAGUCAAUCCUUUGAAAGUGGAAGAGCUUGGUUUAUCAUCAUCGCUUUUGGCAGAAUUUAAAGAAAAUCCUGAUGGUGUAAUUCAUCUUGGACAACAUUGGGCUAACGUUUUACCUAGCUUGGUAAAAGCGAGGAUUUUGAAAGUUUCAAAACAAAUUCCUAAGACGUGCUGUUUUGGAAAUUACCAGACGCUUCGUAGGCACUGGCAAAAAAUGUAUGGUUACAUAUUGCCCGAGAGAAGCGAAGGAAUUCUCUACUACGAAGUCCGCUUCACAGCUUUUCCAGAGCAAAUUUUUGUCUAUCCUGAUAUCUGUUUGCAAUCCGAGUAUCCUAAAAUGGUUCCUUGCAAAAAUCAGGGCUUCAUCUGCAUUCAAUUCGUCGAAAGCUUGAGGGAUCAAGUUAGCGCUAUCUGCGGAAAAUCACUUUCUUUCGUCAAAUUGAAUCCAAAAGAGACAAAAGCAACUCCGAAUCCCGGAUUUCGUCCUGCAAAAGAAAUCAAAAUCGAGAAAACCAAUUCUCAGAUUCUUCGAAUGCCAUCGAUUUAUGGAACCGUUUGCUCAAAACCGAACUUCACAAAUGGCAACAGCGAUCCAAAACUGAAGCAGCAAACGAUCAAAAUCGAGAAAACCAAUUCUCAGAUACCUCAAAUGCCGUCAAGUUACGGAAUAGUCUGGCCAAAACCGAAAAUCACAAAUGGAAACAACGAUUCAAAACUGAAGCAGCAAACGCUCAAUUUCCCAAGAGUAAAAAUCGAGCCUCCUUCGCCUCCUCAAAAUUCGAAUUCGGUCAAGCCAUCCCAAAACGGGAGCCUUGUUUCAAAAUUAAAAAGUCCCGAGUUUUCAAGAUCUUUGUUUUCUCAAAUAUCUCAGUCGACUCCUCUCAGAAGAAAAUUGAUUAUUGAUCCGAAAGUCGAAAAUGACAAAGGUAGCAUAAAGAGUGAAACUUUCAAGACUUUUAUGAAUUUGAUCAAAUCAAACGAAAAUCCAAUUACGAAGGAAAAAGAGAAAAAAAGGUCAUUUGUCGACACAUUACGUCAGGGAAAACCUGAAUUACGUUUGCCAAAAGUCUCACCUCCGCUGAAACGAAUUCGAAUUUUCGAAUCAAAUCCAACUGAGACUAUCACAAAAUAUUUUAAACAGCAGAAAUCAAGUUCUGUUCGGCCCGCAGUAACUCAGGGUAAAUUGCAGCUAAAGAAUUUAUUGAGAAAUAAGUAAAUGAAUAUUACUUGAUAUAUUAGUUGAAUCUCAAAAGUGUUAAGUUUGA